UUUUGUAAAACCCUACAGCCUCGGCCAACUCGUCUCCCUCGCGAAGCGAAUAGAAAAAUGGCUUUGUAUUCGAUUCUCCGCAGGGCGUCGUCGCCGGCCCUGCACCUCGCUCUCCGGUCUGCUGCAACCCCCAGAAGCUUCCACUCCGCCAUCUCCGCCGCUAUCACCGUCGGGAAGCGUGAUUUCAGUCAAGAACUUAACCCGGCUUCCUUUCUGAAAAUUCUACGAUCUUAUUCGACCGCGCCUGCGAAAAGUAGCGCCGACGCUAGUCUUGUUCGCGUUCUUGAGUCUGAGAUUAAAUGCGCCGAGGAAGAUGAUCAGAAUGGCGUAGACGAAAUCCCAGAAGGUUUUCCUUUUGAAAUCCAAGACAAUCCUGGAGAAAGAACCAUAUCGCUCACUAGAAAGUAUGAGGAUGAAAUCAUCAAAAUUGAAGUAGAUAUCCCUAAUGUUUCAGCUGAAGAAGAAGAGGAUAACGACGAAGCUGGUGAGAAUGAUGAACAGGCACGUGAAGAAUCCAGCAUUCCCCUCGUCGUGAGCAUUUCCAAGGAUAGCGGAGUAUGUCUUGAAUUUGGUGUUACCGCAUUCCCGGAUGAAAUAUCUAUAGAUCAUUUGUCAAUCAAGCAACCUGAUGGUUCUGAAGAUCAGCUUGCAUACGAAGGGCCCGAGUUCCAUGAUUUGGACGAGAACUUGCAGAAAGCUUUCCACAAGUACCUUGAGAUUCGUGGGAUUAAACCUAUCACAACAAAUUUCUUGCAUGAGUACAUGAUCAACAAAGACAGCCGAGAGUACUCGAUGUGGCUGAAGAACUUGAAGAAUUUUAUUGAGAAGUAAAUCUAACCAGCCCCCACUCUUUUAGAGGAUGUUUAUGAACUCUUUUAUUACAGCAUUAUUUAGGCUUUGUAUUAUGAUAUUGUGAGCUAGGGAAGGUUUGCCUUCGAUUUUGAGAACCAUAUAAAAAGUAAACCAUCCUCUUAAAAGGAUGGUUCAUUUAUCUAAGGAUUUCCAUAUGCUUGAGAUACUUUGAGUUUUUCGAUCGAUUGUAUCAAGGUGUAUUCGGAAGUGAUUUUGGCAA